AUGGAUAUCCCGUGUACCGAAGAAGAGAAACUGGAUGAUGUGUGGCGUUUGGAGAAAAUUUCUGAAAAAGGACCAUUCCGUGACCGACUCCGUAGCAACGGAAUUCAUACUGUUAAGGAUCUGUUAAGGUUAUUCAUAACCAAUGAAUCUUCAUUACGUGAGAAAUUUGGAAAAAUUCAGAAGAAAUGCUGGUCUGAUAUUAUCGAACAUGCAUGGUCGUGUGUUGUAGAUGAUUAUAUGCUUUAUAGCUAUGAGAUAAUUGGAGAACCAAUACUGCUUCUAUUCAAUGUGAUCUAUGAACUUGUUGGUGUGACAUUUGAUACACAAAAGUUUUAUUUACCAGAUGAUCUCAGACUCACACCCAUCCAGAAGAAUUUGGUUGAAAUUGUGAAGAAAGAUGCAUACAAAAACAUUGAAAAUUUAAAAGCAAUUGAUGAGGCUGCAUUGAACUCCAUAAGCUUAGAAGCAUGUAUAAAAUCAACACAAGAACAAGAUGUGCAACAUAUUGAUAUCUCUGCAGAGAAUGGUAAUGAUGGAAUGCAAAAUAUUGAAAUGAAUGUUGAUCCGGUGGAAGACAUAGGAGAAAUACCAGAAAACAAUUAUUGUCAUUCAAUAGAGAAUCUCAUAAAUGUUAGUUAUUUUGAAGGAGCUGAGUGGAGCACUUUAGUUGAUUUACUGAGUUCUGAUCCAUUUAUCUCUAGUUCAAAUGUUAAUGAUGGAAUGCAAAAUGUUGAAAUCAAUGUUAAUCGAGAGCCUGACAUUAGAGAAAUACCAAGAAACAGUUAUGAUGUUUUAGAUGGUAAUUUUGAUGAAGCUGAGUGUAGCACUUUGGUUGAUAUGUUUAUAUCAAACAUUGAGUUCACUUGUUUUUCCUAA